UUUUAUUUAGUUGAGCGUAAGUUACAAUCUCGCAGUCGGAAUCCGGGGCACACUUGGACAACUUCCGGAUUCUUCGAUUCUUAUUGCAUCGAAGUGCGAGAACUCCAAACUUUUUUAAUGUCUGUCUGGUCUGGACUGAAGUGGGCAGUUCCAAUUUCCAGCUCAUGGGUUUCCAUUUUCUCCAACACUGCGCCGUCCUACUUUGCAAUCACUUCAUUUCAAAUCAAACUUCAUCAAAAUCAACGGGCGAAUUUUGCUUUCCCUCCCAAAUUUUGAUUUUUCAUGUUUUUAACCCACACUUAAAGCAAAAAAAACGCCCUAACCCUAAUUCUACCGUACAUAUUUAUUUUGAAACUUUCUAUUAUUGGCGGUUGGCGCCAGUUUGCCGAGCUCUACAGUACUCAAUCUUCUUUUAUUACUAAAACAUCUUACUUCAUUUAGAAACUCACAUAAAAAGAAAAAAAAAAGAGAAUGUUCUUCGUUCUCUCUCUCUCUCUCUCUUUCUGAAAGACUCUAAUUGGUGAUUGAGGCUUAAUCUUCGUCUUAUAACUUUAAAGAUCAUUUUGUUUGUGGAUGGCACGCCCGAGGAAGAGGCUGAAGCCGGAGCGAGCCCCUGGCAGCUGCGAAGGAGUGCCGCAAAGCGAUGGUGAAGUUAUGGGAAGUAAAGAAAAUUGCGCUUCUGCGGAGGACCAAGUUGAAGGGAUAAAUGGGAAGGGACAAGAGGAGGAAGACAGUGAAAUGGAUGGGGACAAAGCAGGGGAAGUAGAAGGAAAAGAGGAGGGGAUUGAAAGGAAGGAUAAGAAAUGUGGGGAUUUAGAAGGGGAUGGGGAAGGGGUUGCUUUAAAGAAGCCUACCAAAAGAGGUAGAAAGGUAAAGCAAGCGACUGUUUCUUUGAAAAGGGGCACAAUGGAGAUUGUGAAAGAGGAAAAUGUUGAGGGAAGUUCGGAUUUUGUGGCUGAAAAAAAGGAAGAAGUUGGAGAGAAAUUGAAGGAAAAUGGUGUUCAACCGAAAGGUGAGAAAAAGCUGAGUUUUGUUGAGAAUCUAGAGAUAUCAAAUGGAGAAGAUGGAGUUAGUAUCAAAGAGGAAGUUGAUUCGGGUGCUGAUGGUAAUGGGCAAGGAAAUAGUGGGGAUGUUUUGAAGAGGAGAUUGAGAGCAGUUGCUAAGAAGGUUAGUUAUGCCGAUGUUCAAGAAUCUGAAGAUGAAGGGUUUUCGGCAAAGAAGCGUAGUCGAAAGGGUAGGCAGAAGGAGAAGGUUCUUAAAUCUGAAGGUCAAGAAUAUGGUAAUAAUGAGAACGAAGAUAUUGAAAUACCUACAAAGAAGAGAGGAAGAAGGGGUAGGCAAAAGAGAAAAGUUUCCGAAAGUGAAGACAAUGAAGGGAAAGAUGUAAAGAAGGAGGGGGGUAAAGUAGAGCAAGGCGGUGAUUUAGGUGCAGAUGAUGGAAAGAAGAGGAGUCGAAGAGGGGCAAAGAACGAUGGAAAGAAGAUGGAUAAAGAAGUUUUAGGAAAUGGGAAAAGUCUGGAAAAACUAGAGGAGGAAUCUUUGGGAAUGAGCACUAAACCAAAAUAUUCGCUUAGGGCCUCGAGAGUUCGCAAGGCAAGAGAGGAGUCUGUGCCAUAUUCAAAGAAGCGAAAUUUUGCUAAGUGGAUUGCAGAAGAAUCAUUAAUGUGCCAUCAGUGCCAGAGGAAUGAUAAAGGCCGGGUUGUGAGGUGCAAACUUUGCAAGCGGAAACGAUAUUGCAUCCCCUGCUUAACAAAUUGGUAUCCCAAGAUGUCAGAGGAUGCUAUUGCUGAUGCCUGCCCAGUUUGUCGGGAUAAUUGCACUUGCAAGGCAUGCUUGCGCAUGACUGGACUUCUCAAAAAAUUGGGAAAGACACUAAAGUUGGAGUUCAGUGAUGAUGAAAAGGUUCAGCACUCUAGAUACUUACUUCAGGCACUUCUUCCGUACAUUAAACAAUUUAGUCAAGAGCAAAUGAAAGAGAAGGUCAUUGAGUCAAAAAUUCAAGGGAUGCUCCCCGAACAAAUACAGCUUAAGCAGGCAGUUUGUCUUGAAGAUGAGCGUGUAUAUUGUAACAACUGCAGAACUUCAAUUGUCGACUUUCAUAGAAGUUGUUCUAAUUGUAACUAUGAUCUCUGCCUUACGUGUUGCCAUGAAAUCCGCGAUGGACAUUUGCAGGGUGGACAAAAGGAAGUAAUUAUGGAAUAUGCUGAUAGGGGUUUUUCUUACUUGCAUGGAGCGCUUCAGUGCUCUAUGUCUUCAGAAGUUGGGAAGUCUUUGGAUUCCCCCAAGGAAACUAAUUCUAAAGAACAUAAAGCUGCAACUUCUAGGUGGAAGGCAAAUGAAAAUGGUAGCAUUCCUUGUGCCCCGAAGGAUUUGAAUGGGUGUGGUAAUGGCCUUUUGGAGUUAAGGUGUAUGUUUACAGAAAAUGCUAUUUUUGAGUUAACAGAAAAGGCUGAGAAAAUAGCCAAAGCUCUCAAUCUUGGGAAUGUUCUUGAAGUUUCUAACCAACAGUGCCCUUGUUACAAUUCAAUGGGAGAAGUUGACACUGGCAAUGGUAAGUUAAGGAAAGCAGCUUUUCGUGAAGAUGCCACUGACAAUUAUUUAUAUUGUCCAAAAGCUAAAGAUAUUCAGACUGGUGAUUUGAAACAUUUCCAAAGGCAUUGGGCUAAUGGUGAGCCUGUUAUUGUCAGUGAUGUACUUGAGAAUACAUCUGGUUUGAGUUGGGAGCCAAUGGUUAUGUGGCGUGCUUUUCGUCAGAUUACACAUACUAAACAUGACCAACAGUUGGAAGUUAAGGCCAUUGAUUGCUUAGAUUGGUCUGAGGUGAUGGUCAAUAUUCACCAAUUCUUUAAGGGGUAUACAGAUGGUCCAUUUGAUACAAAAUCAUGGCCGCAGAUACUGAAGCUGAAAGAUUGGCCUCCCUCUAAUGAAUUUGAGAAGCUCCUUCCACGUCAUCAUGUGGAGUUUCUUCGUUGUUUGCCUUUUAAAGAAUAUACCCAUUCUCUAAGUGGCAUUCUUAAUAUGGCUACCAAAUUACCAGAGAAAUCUCUAAAGCCAGAUAUGGGGCCAAAGUCAUAUAUUGCUUAUGGAGUUGCUGAAGAGCUUGGGCGUGGAGACUCUGUAACCAGGCUUCAUUGUGAUAUGUCUGAUGCGGUGAGGCUGAGGCACACCCUAGUUGGUGUAGCCACAUUCUUGACAGUUGAUGUUUCAAGACUUCAGGUGCUAUUUAAGCAUCUUUUCUUCAUUAGAUGUGGAAACCUGAGCUUUACGUUACUGUGCAAGUACACUGAAGUGAAUGUUUUGACACACACAGCUGAGGUGAAGCUUACACCUAAAGAGCUUGCUAGCAUUGACAAUUUAAAACAAAGGCACCAUCUGCAAGACCAGUGGGAACUUUUUGGAAUGGGUUCGAAGGUGGGCACGAAUAUGCCUGGUGAUGAUUCUUUUGACAUCUCUAUUUGCGACAAGCAGUCUAGUGACAGAAGUGGUGAUCAAGAAGGUGAUGUUAUUGUCCAACAAGAUUGUCAAGAUGGUUAUUCUAGCCUGAAUGGCAAUAAUAUGGGGAGAGAAUUUGAAAUGGAAAAGAGUGGGAAGGCAAAAGUGGAUCAGGAAAAAUGCAUGGAGAAUGGCAGAUUGUAUGAAACUUCUAGGAAUAAGAUUGAAGAAGUGGAAGCUGUUGAGGGAGGUGCUAUCUGGGACAUUUUCCGGAGGCAAGAUGUUCCCAAGCUGCAGGAUUACCUUAAAAAGCAUUUCGGGGAGUUUAGAUAUGUUCAUUGUUGCCCAGUAUCACAGGUUUUUCAUCCAAUACAUGAUCAGACCUUUUUUCUGACUCUGGAUCAUAAGGCAAAGCUUAAGAAGGAAUAUGGAAUUGAACCGUGGACUUUUGUUCAGAAACUUGGGGAGGCUGUUUUUAUACCUGCAGGUUGUCCUCAUCAAGUCCGGAACAUUAAGUCAUGCAUAAAGGUUGCACUUGAUUUUGUUUCACCUGAAAAUGUUGGUGAGUGUGUUCGCUUGACAGAAGAAUUUCGUGUACUUCCUCAAGAUCAUAGGGCAAGAGAGGAUAAAUUGGAGGUGAAGAAAAUGACUGUUCAUGCAAUCUGUGAGGCUGUGAAUUACUUGGAUCCAAAUGCAAAGAUUGAGCUUGCUAAUAAAGUUGAAUGAGUUGCAACUUUGUUCCUGCUUCUUAGCUGGAGGUUACACUUGCAAAGUGGGCACAUCUUUUGGAGUUCCAUUUCUCAGAACAUGACUUUGUUUAUCUGCAGCAUCUAGUAAGAGGUAGGACAUGGCUUAUAACCAAAAAGAAGAUGUAGAACAUGGGAACUAUCUUCCUGUUUCUGUAUAUAUACCCCUAAAUCUGACUUGCUUUUUGGGCUCUCAGCUAGAGCCUGGUAAUGUAUGUAGGUUCAAGUGCUAUUGAUAAGUGUUGUAGGCAAGCACAUGCUGUUUUUGUAGCUACUGAUGUUUCCACCACGUAUUUAUAUUAAGAGUACUGGCUUUAGCUCACUAAAGUUAGGU